UGUACUAGGAAAGGAGGAGGAGAAUUAAAAGCCAUACCGGUUAAAAAUGGGACUGUUUGGUGGUAAGAGCGUCCAGUCUGACUGACAGAUGAAAAUGAGGUGCUGUGUUUUUCUGUAUCUGCUCCUGCAGGUUUUGGGAGGUUUAGGCCUUCCUCUGUUUGAGCUCAGCGCUAAAGCAGAUGAUGCUCUACAGAUGGCCCUCGACCAGAUCAAUGCACGUUAUGCCAGGAAUCACCUCUACAGAGUGUCCAAGGCAUCUGUGAAGAGGAUUCUUCCUCUGGGAAUGGACACAUAUGAUCUGCAUCUGAGGUUUGGCAUUAGGGAGACAGAGUGCCAGAAAGCCUCUGGGGCCGACCCUCAGGGCUGCAUGUACCGCAAAGGUUUUUUUGUGUCGGAGGCAGGGUGCUAUAUCAGAGCGCGAGUGACUCAGGAGCUCACUCGCAUCAUCUCUCUCAGGUGCACAAAGGCAGACAGCUCAAGCUCUGAGUCCAGUGAGGAGGGGAGUUUAGGAUUAUACUACGAUUUAAAUCAUUUUGGAACUAGAGACCGCACACAUUCAACUUCAUCACCAAGCAUCAAUGUGGCCCCACCAAUACACGCGGGCCAUCACAACAACAGAGAAAACAAUGAUAUUCGUGGGGACCAUUUCGGCAAUCACCUGCCAUAUCAAUGACCUGCAGAAUGAAAUCACAUGAACAUUCUUCAUACAAAUAUUAAGGUGCUACAAAUAUAAAGCUAAAUGAAAAUACUACUGUACUAUGGAUUUUGCCACUGCUACUCAUAACUAACCUCCACUAAAACAAGAUUAUUUGCUGAAUGAAAAGUAUAUAUGAAUAGAUACCUGCUGACAUCAACCUCCCCAAGAAACCCAAUGAAAAGAACAGAAGCAUGGAUAUCAACAUGUAUAAUUUCAUUUUAAACGACACAUUUUGCAGAGAGAUAUGCAGAGCAUGAUGUUCGUAGACCUUAAAUGGAUCAAGAACGGAUACUAUAAUAAUUUAAUAUUAACUUCAUUUAGUCACUUCUCAACAACCUGAAAAGUUUCAUGAUAUUGUAAAUACAUUCAAUAAACAAAUUCUUCAAAAAGAAA